AUGGGUAUCCUGAAAGCGAUUGAUGUUACGGAUGGUCACAAGCUCUUGCGGCUUUGUGUACUCAUGUUCUUCACAUACCUUGUCUACACCUCAAUCUCUCGUCUCUACUUCCAUCCUCUCGCAAGAUUUCCUGGACCACGUCUCUGGGCUAUCAGCAAGUUACCAGAUGCCUAUUACCGAGCAACAGGUCGCCAAACAUACCUCGUCGCUGGAUUUCAUUGUCAAUACGGCCCAAUUGUCAGAAUUGCCCCGGAUGAGCUGACCUUCAAUGUCGAAGAGGCUUGGAACGAUAUAUAUGGUAAACCCACGCCUCGUAACGCUCAGCUUCAAAAGAACCCGUUACAAUUUUUCAACCCUCCAGGUGGUAUCACCAAUAUGUUACAGGAGUUCGAUGAUGAUGAGCAUCAGCGGAUGAGACGUGUCUUCUCUCCUGCCUUCUCGGAGAAAGCUUUAAGAGAUCAAGAACCAAUUAUGAAUCGGCACUUCGACUUGCUCAUUCAACGGCUCCGUGAAAACGGUGGAGAGGCGCUUGAUAUAAACAAGUGGUAUAGCCUAAUGGCUUUCGAUAUUAUCAGCGACCUCACUUUCGGAGAAUCUUUUGACUGCCUCAAGAAUUCAACCUUUCACCCCUGGAUAAAGUCAAUCCAAGAUUUGAUGAAAAUUAUGCCUGCCACUGGUGCAACACAGUCCUUCUACCCUCUGGAUAAAAUCCUUCUGUUCCUGGCCUCACCUUUCACAAGAAAGGCUGAGAUGAAGCAUAGGGAUUUUGUCGAAAGUAAGGUAAAGAAACGACUAGAAUGUGCAGCACUUCGGCCAGACUUUAUGGCAUACGCUCAAGAGACCUUGAAUACGCCCGGCGGCUUGACAUUUCAAGAAAUCUGCGAAAAUGCAUCACCGCUAGUUGUCGGCGGCACAGAAACAACAGCCAGUCUCCUCUCUGCUGUAACUUACCUUUUGCUCAAAAACCAGUCUGUUCUGUGUAAGCUCACGGCAACGCUCCGAACUACCUUCAAAUCCGAGGCCGAGAUCAAUAGCAUCACGGUCAACAAAAUCGGCUACCUCUUCGCGGUCCUGGAGGAAGCCUUCAGGUUGUAUCCUCCUGUUGCCAUAUUCUUGUCCCGAGUCACACCACCAGAAGGUUGCAUCAUAGCCCGAACUUUCAUCCCAGGUAACACUUGUGUCUCGGUCAACUCGUGGGGUGCCAGCCGCUCAGCUUCCAACUUUAUCCGCCCGAACGAAUUCAUACCAGAACGCUGGAUGGGAGCCUCUGAGUUCAAGAAUGACAAGCGGAAGGUAGUGCAGCCGUUCAGUGUUGGUCCAAGGAACUGUCUGGGACAAAGUCUGGCACGGUUUGAGUUGAAGAUUAUUCUUGCUAGAGUGCUUUGGAACUUUGACUUGGAGCUUUGUGAGGAGAGUCGUGGCUGGAUGGAAAAACAGAGGUUCUACAUCGCUGCUGCCAGACCGGAGUUGAUGGUUAGACUUAAGCCAGCAGUUAAGGUUUGAUGGAUAGUUGGUGAAAGCUUGCUGUUGGGUGGAGGAAAGGGCAGCUAGAAAAUUCUCUUUGGC